AUGUCCCUUUAUACCAGUAAUAUCUUAUACCCACAAAUACCAAAUGGGUGGGCGCAUCAAAUAGAAAAUAAACGGAAAAACAAAGUAAUUUUCUUGGACGUCACACCAGCACGUAGUCCAUAUGUAAGACCCACCUCGAAGAACUCCGUUAUACCUAUAAAAGAUAACUUAAUUAUACCAGAGAUAUACAAAGAUAUCGUUUACGAAAAUAUUAAGCCCGUUUUUACUUUAUUGCGAAUGAUGGGCGUGCUACCAAUCACUCGGUCCUCUACGCACAAAAACCAGUUUAAUAUAGCGUCCCCUUCAAUGCUAUACUCUGUGAUUCUGUAUCUAUGUUUGAUUGGCUAUGUUCUCUACCUGUCUCUACAUAAAGUGCAAAUAUUGAGGACGGCUGAGGGAAAAUUCGAGGAGGCGGUGAUUGAGUAUCUUUUCACUGUAUAUCUAUUUCCAAUGUUGGCGAUACCGAUUAUGUGGUAUGAGACCGGGAAAAUUGCCGAACUACUCAACGGAUGGCUUGCUUUUGAGUUGGCGUACAAAACGCUGUCCGGCCGAAUUCUGCCAAUUAAACUUUACAAAAAAGCUCUAGCCAUUGCAGUUAUAAUACCAAUACUUUCCACAACAUCUGUAAUUAUCACUCACGUAACAAUGGUACAUUUUAAAAUGAUACAGAUGCUACCGUAUAUAUUUUUGGAAAUUCUGACAUAUAUUUUGGGCGGUUAUUGGUAUCUACUUUGCGAGUCGUUGAGUGUAUGUGCUAAUAUUUUGGCCGAGGAUUUUCAGCAGGCCCUACGUCACAUCGGCCCCGCCGGCAAAGUAGCGGAGUACCGCGCCCUCUGGCUUCGGUUAAGCAAACUGGCCAGGGACACCGGCAUCGCAAACUGUUAUACUUUUACCUUUGUCAACCUUUACCUUUUUCUAAUUAUAACUCUGUCUAUUUACGGACUUUUGAGUCAAAUUUCAGAGGGUUUUGGAACUAAGGAUAUAGGAUUGGCUCUCACGGCUUUCUGCAGUAUUUUUUCUUAUUUUUUCAUAUGCGAUGAAGCGCACUAUGCGUCACAGAAUGUGCGCACAAAUUUUCAAAAGAAACUAUUAAUGGUUGAAUUAUCUUGGAUGAAUACUGACGCCCAGACUGAAGUGAAUAUGUUCCUCAGAGCUACAGAAAUGAACCCGUCACAGAUCAGCCUCGGAGGAUUCUUUGAUGUCAAUAGGAAUUUAUUUAAAUCGCUCCUGGCAACAAUGGUGACAUAUUUAGUGGUUCUUCUGCAGUUCCAAAUCAGUAUUCCAGACGAAAGUAUGCAAACAGAAAAUGACGAUACUGGAAGCGGCAAUAAUACUAUCAAUGAGGACACAACAUUUACGACUACUAAAACUACUGUAGCCACUACAAUUCUUACAUUAGCUAAGGCAAUAAAGAAAAAAUAA